AUGGAAUUGCAUUCACAUUCUUCAUGUCCAGCAUAUCUUCAGAUUGGACCUGAGGUGAGACUGAUGAUGUUGGGCAAGUCUGGAGCAGGGAAGAGUGCAACAGGAAACACCAUCCUGGGCCAAAAUGCUUUCAGGGCAGAAGCAUCGCCUGUGUCUGUGACCAGAAACUGUCAGAGAUGGACUGAAGUUGUUAGAGGGAGAAAAAUCACCGUCAUUGACACACCUCCCAUUAUGGACAUGUGGCAGUCAUCUGACCAAGAAUUAGAGUGUGUCCGAAUGGCUUCUCCUAGACCUCAUGUGUUCCUUCUGGUGAUCAGAGUGGGGAGACUCACAGAAGAGGAGAGAAACACAGUGACAUGGAUUGAAGAGAACUUACGAGAAGAAGCUCUGAUGUCCACCAUGGUACUGUUUACUGGUGGAGAUCUGCUGGAGGGAAAACCAAUGGAGAAGUUUCUUAAUGAAAGUGUGGAGCUCCAGAAGCUUCUUCGCCUCUGUGGAGGCAGAUACCACAUCAUGAACAACAGAGAAACCAAAGAUUUCAAUCAGGUUUCAGAGUUACUGAACAAGAUAGACAGGAUGACGUAUGACAACAAGAGCACUUUUAACAUCAGCAGAAUCAGUCUUAAAGAAUGGAGAAGUUCAAGGCUAAAGGAAGAGGAGAGGUGUAUGGUGGAAAAGGAGAGAGAGAUUAGGGAAGAAGAAGAGAAGAAGAGAGGGGAGAUCAGGAAAGAGAUGAGGGAGGUGGAGAAGAAGAGACGUGAGAUGAAAGUGAGGGAUGUACGAGAGGAGGAGGAGUGGAAAAGACUGAUUAGGGAAAGAGAGAUCAGAAAGGAAGAAGAGGCGAAGAGGAGGGUGAUAGAGGAAGAACUGGAAAAACAAAAGAAGAAAAACUGGUGGCACAUUUUUCGCAUCUUUGUUUAAAAAAGUACUGUUUUGCAAAAUAAAUAGCUGCCUAUUUUCAAUGGAAACAAUUAACAGUUUCAAUUCUGUUGAAGAAAUAUUAUGAAGGUUUUUGUGAGCUUUUAAGUUAGUUUUUUAUUUUUCUUUAGUUUCUAUUUUAGAUUUGUAUUAAAAAUAAUAACAUUUUGAGGUUAUUUCCUUUUUUCACAACAUGUGAUAUUUGUAUCUAUGUGAUUGGUGGGGAAAUGAUGUGUAAUAUUUUUACAAAUAAAUCUAAUCACAAUUAUUACAUAAUUGCUCGACAUGCACUUUUUGAAGAAUUACUUUCCAUAGUCGCUAGCUUUCAAAAUCAAAUGCCUACAUCACAACCAGGGAUGGUGCCAGGGAUUUUGGGCCCAUGAAAAGAUAUCACAUCAGGCCCACCACCACAGGCCACGCUAACACUGAAAAUAUUACACUGUGCAGAUAUGCAUGCAUACAGUGGAGUUCACUAUUUGAUAACAUCUAUAUAUAAACAACGCAUCACCCAGAACUCCCGUGGUGGUCCUAUAUAGAUGGUUACUCCAGCUCUCUGUUGUCACAAACCAUCCAAAACCAAUAUGCCAGCUUUUACUAAUAUAAACUGCCUGAAUGUGAGAGCACACAUUCUUGUUUCUAAAGUUACCAUUGCAGCUGUUGCACAGAGACUGCUGGUGGUAAUGAACAGAAGGUUUGGGUGGUCUUAUGCUUCCCUCUGCAGGAGCUGGCGGGUACUGCAGCUGUAGGGGUCCUAAAAGAACACUAACCUAAAUUUUGCAGCUCAGCAGCAAAAUGUCUCUGACAACAAAAUGAGGAAUGUGAAUGAAUUAGUCUGAACUGAUGGUUGGUCAAUGUAAAAGUGCAGACAUACAUAAGUCUACUUUAACUCAUCCCCAUUACUUUCAUCUCCAUUUCUGGCUUAUUCUUAUAUGCUUAAGCUUUUGACUUC